GAAUACCAGCCCCUGUCGUACCCAAAGCAGGCGGGCCUACCCAUCGGCGGCGCCAACUACUCCCUAUACGCUAUGCUUGAGAUUCACUACAAUAAUCCGGAACUCCGGAGCGAUUGGGUCGACAGCUCCGGCAUUCGGCUCUAUUAUACGGAUCGGUUGCGUCGGCACGACAUCGGGAUCCUAGAGAUCGGUCUCGAGUACAGCGACAAGAACUCCAUACCUCCUCACCAGCGCUCGUUCCCGUUGUCCGGCUAUUGCACGGCUGAGUGCACCCGAGCCUCCCUACCCCCGUAUGGCAUCACAAUCAUAGCCUCGCAACUGCACACACACCUGACAGGCGCUCGCGUGUGGACCCAACACUUGAGGGGAGGGGUAGAGCUGCCGGAAGUGAAUCGCGACAACCAUUACAGCCCACACUUCCAGGAGAUCCGCAAACUGAAGCGAAAGGUGAAUGUAUUCCCGGGCGAUGUGCUCAUCAAUACGUGCGACUAUAAUACCGGCGCUCGCGAUAACAUGACUCUCGGGGGUCACGCCAUCAGCGACGAGAUGUGCGUUAAUUAUUUGCAUUAUUACCCCAAAACCGAUCUCGAAGUGUGUAAGAGCUCUGUGGACACGCAAUACCUGCGCUCGUAUUUCCAGUAUAUGGUCGAUAUGGAGGGACAGGUAGAUGUGAGACAGGAUCAGAGCCCGCGGUAUAACUUCCGGGCGAUUCGCUGGAACCCCAAUAGAGCCCUAUUUCUG